CUGGGGCGGCCGAGCCGGAGCCCGAGCCGGAGCCCGAGGCCGAGGCCGAGGCCUCGCAUGGCCGCGGCCGCCCGCGCGCGAUGCAGCCGGAGCCCGAGCCCGAGCGCGGCCCCCGCGGUGACGGCGUCACGGCCCCUGAGCCCCUGGCGGCCCUGGAGCGGCGGCUGCAGGCGCAGGAGCAGGAGCUGACGCUGGUGAAGGCGGCGCUGGCGGACGCCCUGCGGAGACUCGGCCUCUGCGAGCGGCACCUGCCGCCGCCGCUGCCCCCCGCCGGCGCCCCGGAGCCCCGCGCGGGCCCAGACCCGGACACGGACCCAGACCCAGACCCAGACCCCGCCAUGGGGCACGCGCCGCCCCCACCACCCCUCGGCAGUGGGCCCAGCGCGGGGCCCCCCAUCAGCGUGGCGACGCAGACGGAGCCGCCGGAGGUGCCGGGGGGCGGCGGGAGCCAGGGGGGCCCCGCGGAGCCGGUACCGCCUGGGUCCCCCCCCUGCCCCCCCCCAGCCUCCCCAGAGCCCCCGGCCGAGGCAGGAAGCACUGGUGCCUCUGCAGCCCCCAGUCCGGCCCUGCGGGGACCCCGCAAGGAGCUGCUGCGCAGGAACAGCUCCACCGACAAAGCCGACAGGACCAAGGCCCGGCAGCGCCUCGGCAAGAAAGCGGCUUCAGCCGCCAACCUGCUGCUGCCGACGGGCAGCUCCGAGAGCCGCCUGCGGGAGCCCGGCACCGGCCCGGGAGCCGCGGGGACCCGCCGUGGUGCCUACAACCUGGAGGGCACCUCCGUGCGCAUGUUCCUGCGCGGGCGGCCCAUCACCAUGUACAUCCCCUCCGGCGUCUGCAACUACGAGGAGCUGCGCACCGAGCUGCCUGCCCAGCGCCUGCAGCUCGACUGGGUCUACGGCUACCGGGGCCGCGACAGCCGCUCCAACCUCUACGUGCUGGCGUCGGGCGAGCUGGUCUACUUCAUCGCCUGCGCCGUGGUGCUCUUCCACGUGGCGGCCCGGCGCCAGCGCCACUACCUGCGCCACACCGACUGCGUCCGCUGCCUCUCCGUGCAUCCUGACAGGGUCCGCGUGGCCACCGGGCAGGCGGCCGGCGUCGACAAGGAUGGCAAGCCGCUGCAGCCCAUGGUGCACAUCUGGGACUCGGCCACGCUGCUGACGCUGCAGCAGAUCGGCCUGGGCAGCUUCGAGCGAGGGGUGGGCGCCCUGGCCUUCUCCACCGCCGACCAGGGCGCCUUCCUCUGCGUGGUCGACGACUCCAACGAGCACAUGAUGUCGGUGUGGGACUGCGCCCGCGGCACAAAGCUGAUCGAGGUCAAGAGCACGAACGAGUCGGUGCUGACGGUGGAGUUCAACCCCCAAGACAGCGGCAGCAUCGUCACCGGCGGCAAAUCCCAUGUUUACUUUUGGACCUGGAGCGGGGCGGCGCUCACCAAGAAGCAGGGCGUCUUUGGGAAGUACAAGAAGCCAAAAUUCAUCCAAUGCUUCAUCUUUGACGGCGCCGGCGACGUCCUGACGGGCGACUCUGAGGGCAACAUCCUCACCUGGAGCCGGGCGGGCGGCCCGGGCGCCAAAGAGACAUACCGCAUCGGGCAGCAGACGCGGGCGCACGAGGGCAGCGUCUUCGCGCUGCGGCUGCGCGCCGACGGCUCCGUGCUCAGCGGCGGCGGCAAGGACCGGCGCCUGCGGCUCUGGAGCCCGGCGCUGGCGCUGCUGUGCGAGGCCGAGCUCCCGGAGCGCUUCGGCGCCGUGCGCACCAUCGCGGAGGGCGACGGCGACGAGCUGCUGGUGGGGACCACACGCAACGCGCUGCUGCGGGGCAGCCUGGCCACCGGCUUCGCCCCCAUCGUCCAGGGCCACACGGACGAGCUCUGGGGCUUGGCCACCCACCCGUCGCAGAGCCUCUUCCUCACCUGCGGCCACGACCGGCAGCUCUGCGUCUGGGACAGCCGGGAGCACGUGCUGGCCUGGAGCCUCCCGCUGGAGGACGCCGGCCUCUGCGCCGACUUCCACCCCGGGGGACAUGUGGUGGCCGUGGGGCUGCAGACGGGACGGUGGCUGGUGCUGGACGCGGAGACGCAGCGGGUACUGGCGGCCGGCUCCGACGGCAACGAGCAGCUCUCCGUAGUGCGCUACUCGCCAGACGGCGAGUUCCUGGCCUUGGGCUCCCACGACAACUUCAUCUACAUCUACGGCGUGGGCGAGCGCGGGCGCAAGUACAGCCGCUUCGGGCGCUGCGCGGGACACUCUAGUUUCAUCACGCACCUGGACUGGUCCAAGGAUGGCCACUUCAUCAUGUCCAACUCGGGCGACUACGAGAUCCUCUACUGGGACGUCGCCGGGGGCUGCAAGCUGCUGCGCAACCGCUACGAGAGCCGCGACCGCGAGUGGGCCACCUACACCUGCGUGCUGGGCUUCCACGUCUUCGGCGUCUGGCCCGACGGCUCCGACGGCACCGACAUCAACUCACUGUGCCGCUCGCACGACGAGCGCGUGGUGGCCGUGGCUGACGACUUCUGCAAGGUGCACCUCUUCCAGUACCCCUGCGCCCGCCCCAAGGCGCCGAGCCACGUGUACGGCGGCCACGGGAGCCACGUGACCAACGUGCGGUUCAGCCACGACGAUGCGCACCUCGUGUCGCUGGGCGGGAAGGACACCAGCGUCUUCCAGUGGCGGGUGCUGGGCGGCCCCCGCCGCUGCUCCCUCUCCUCGCCCGCCGCCGGCAGCACCGGCAACGGCACCGAGGCGCCGCGCUAGCCCGCCUCGGGGACCAAGGGCCGCGGCGCCCGCUGAGGCCGCGAGAGACCCCAAUAAACCUUGGCACCGCGGCAC